CGACCGACUUCCUUCUCCUCCCUCCCUCCCUCCCUCCCUCCCCUCGUCUUGCGUUGCCCGCAACCGAAACCAGAUCAAACCCUAGAUCUCGUCUCGCCGCCCCGAUCCGAAUCGCAUGGAUUCGUCGUCGUCGUCGUCCUCCAGCCUGAGCCAGCAGCCCGAGUUCGACUACCUCUUCAAGCUGCUGCUUAUCGGCGACUCCGGCGUCGGCAAGAGCAGCCUCCUCCUCCGCUUCACCGCCGACUCCUUCGAGGACCUCUCCCCCACCAUAGGUGUUGACUUCAAGGUGAAGAUGGUUAACAUUGGUGGCAAGAAACUCAAGCUUGCCAUCUGGGACACAGCUGGACAGGAGAGAUUUAGGACCUUAACCAGCUCAUACUACAGAGGGGCACAGGGAAUCAUUAUGGUGUAUGAUGUCACUCGACGAGAAACAUUUACCAAUCUUUCUGAUAUAUGGGCAAAGGAAAUUGACCUGUAUUCAACCAACCAGGAUUGUAUAAAGAUGCUUGUUGGAAACAAAGUAGACAAGGAAAGUGAGAGGGCUGUCACAAAAAAAGAGGGAAUCGAAUUUGCUAGGGAAUACGGAUGUUUAUUUCUAGAAUGCAGUGCGAAAACAAAAGUAAAUGUAGAACAGUGCUUUGAGGAACUCGUCCUAAAGAUAUUAGACACGCCAAGCCUCCUAGCUGAUGCUUCGUCAGGGGCCAAGAAGAACAUUUUCAAACAGAAGCCACCGGAAGCUGACGCGGCUGCCAGCAGCUGCUGUUAACUUGCGUGCUAAUCCUGGUCGAGUCCUCCUGUGGAUGAUGAUAUCUUUGUUGCAUAAAGUGAUAAGCUUUGUUGUGUUGAUUUAUUUUGCUUUUGGUCCUGUAUAUUGCCAUGCUAAAAUUAGACCCGCGCAUAACAUUACGUUUGCAGCAGAUAUAUAAUGUAUUAAGUUAAAUCUACCUGACAAUAUGAAUUGUUUACAACUGCGAUCUGGAGUACACAACUAUUUGGCUGUAAAGAACAAAUGGUGCGCCCAGGGAUGGAUGAUUUGCAUA